CUGUAUAAUUUUAAGACUUAAAAGUAUGAAAAGCAAAGCAUGCUUUGAGAUUAGCCUGGCUGACUAUUUUCCUUCAGUAAUUUCCCUUCUACAUCAUAUAAUGUACAUCAUAUGGUAGAGAACUUUUAGUAAGAAUCAAAAUAAUAUUUGACAUUAAAGAAACUGAAGCUAAUGUAUUUCUCCUCUUCAGGGCGUGGAGUUUUCACCACUGGAGCUUUUUUCAGAGGUGAUUUUGUUCUUGAAUACAGAGGUGAACUUUUGAGUUCACAGGAGAGUCUGGACCGAACUGGACACUACACUGAAGCUGAGAACACGUUCCUGUUUGAUUUUCAGUGGCAUGGCAAAUAUUGGUGCAUGGAUGCAUCUAAAGAAGACUCGUCUUUGGGAAGACUUGCAAACGAUGAGACCAGAAAUCCUACUUGCAAAAUGAGAACUGUUGAAGUGAGCAGAAAACCUCACCUGUGUCUGUUUGCUGUACGAGACAUUCUACCAGGAGAGGAAAUCACUUACAAUUAUGGAGACUCAGAUUGGCCAUGGCGAGUCAAGCCUUUGAAUAAAGCAUCAGCAGAAUCCACUGAUAAAAAGCCAGCCAGCAGUUUGCGCCUGCAUAAAUCCCCCCAUUGUGCAGCUUCUGUUUCCUCUCCUGAACUGGACAAGGUAAACAGCAAUGGUCCUCAUAAGCAGUCAGGCAAAGCAAGAACAUCAAGGAAUAAAACGGCGGCCAGUCUCUUUUUUUCUGUAGCCACUCCAAAGUCCAAGUCACCCACGUCACCUUCAACCUCGCCUGUGCAGCCCUCAUCAUCCUCGCCUGCCUACAGAGGAGGAGAGUGCAUCAACAAAGCUGCUUGCGAAUGUGGCAUAAAGAACCCUGAAGCACUGUCAUCAACUAGGCUCAGGAAACACAUAGCAACCAUGUCUAAAAUUCUUAACCUUAAUGAGAAUGAAGCAGACCAACUGGCUGAUUUCCUUGGUCACGAUAUCCGAAUCCACAGACAGUAUUAUCGGUUACCAGAGGGAACACUGCAGCUGGCAAAAAUGAGUAAAGUCCUAAUGGCCAUGGAGAAAGGAACACUGUCUGACUACAAAGGAAAGAAACUUGAUGACAUUGAAAUCGACCCAAAUGAGCAACUUGAGGCCCAAGGUGAUUCCAUGUCAAGUGAUGAGGAGGAUUCCAGUGACCUCUCUCAGACACCAGCACCAGCACCAGUACAGACUGAUCAACCUGUUCAAUCUGAUCAAGCUGUUUCACAGGAGGAUCAAGGUUCUUCAAAUGCUCCAAAAAAGAAAUGGGAGGACAGUGAGGUAAAAGCAGUAGAGAGACACAUGAUGAGUUUCAUCAAGACAUGCAAAGUUCCUGGUAAGCAAGACUGUGAAAGAUGCAUUCACGCAGAGCCAGAAGCUUUGAAGCAGCGAACAUGGACUGGUGUGAAAAAUGAUGUGCGGAACAGGAUCACGACUCUUAAAAGAAAGGGUGGUUUGUAGGGAGGGACAAACACUUCAACACUUUGCACAUUAUGCUCUUUUUGUAGGAAAUGGAGCUAAAUUAAAAGAAAUGAGGAUAAAGGUGUAGAAAUAUUUUGUGGAUGGAAUGAAACAGAAUAUAAAGUGAAAAGUUAGAGUAUAAGAAGGCUAAUGAAGAAGUAGAGGAUAGUAAGAGUCAAUUUUCUUUGUUCAGUUACAAUAUAGUUGGAUGAAAUGUCAUGUUAAACUUUUUGAUAUUUCUGUCAUAGAGGGAGGGGAGAAUGUAAAGAUGAUAAAAAAGGGAAGAGUGAAUAGCUGUGCUGGACAUGGGCUAUGGCUGGAUGUAACCGAUUGGUGAGAGUUGCUGUGUGCAGACUAGAGAAGCUGAAAACUGAGAUGUGAUGUCAGACACUUUCUGCUUCCCGUAGUGAUGCAGAGCCAGAAGCUUUGAAGCAGGGAACAUGGACUGGUGUGAAAAAUUAUGUGCGGAACAGGAUCACGACUCCUAAAAGAAAGGGUGGUUUGUAGGGAGGCACAAACACUUCAACACUUUGCACAUUAUGCUCUUUUCGUAAGAAAUGGAACUAAAUUAAAAGAAAUUAAGAUAAAGGUGUAGACAUUAAA